CCAACGAGAUGGGGAUGGUCAUUGUCAUUUUCUAAGCUGCGAACGGGCAGAAAGACAGCUUCUGUUUGAUCUGGGACUUGGUGGUAGCAGCAGCGCACACAUGGAGUCUACUGGUGGUGGUGGUGCGAAUACUUCACUUUGUUCAAGUGCUGCUGACAUCCUGGAUGGUAAUGUUGUGUCAGCUCACCGAGUCUUGCUCUUCUGCCAAGCCAAGAGUGUGCUGGAUAUAGUGGAGAGUGACCUUCUCAAGUCACACUUCCCUUGUAUUUCCUACCUGCGACUGGACGGCAGUACACCGGCAAUGGAGCGACAUGGCCUUGUCACACGGUUCAACAACGAUGCCAGUAUAGAUAUGUUGCUGUUGACUACACACGUUGGUGGUCUGGGUCUAAACUUGACAGGUGCUGAUACAGUUAUCUUCAUGGAACAUGACUGGAAUCCCAUGAAGGACUUACAGGCAAUGGACCGAGCUCAUCGUAUUGGCCAGAAGAAGGUUGUCAAUGUGUAUCGUCUUGUAACACGUGGUACUAUGGAAGAGAGAAUAAUGAGAUUCAAGCUGGGCAACGCAAACUCGGUGGUGACUGCAGAGAACUCCAGCCUGUCGUCAAUGGACACACACCAACUGCUGGAUCUGUUCCAAGGGGAGGAGACGUCAUCGGUCACCAGGAAGGGCAAGGCAGCAGGUGGUUUGCAGCAAGCAGCUAGUUCCAGUGCUACUGCCGCCGGUGGUGGAGGCUCAAUGAAGGCUGCUCUUGAAGACCUGGAAGAGCUGUGGGACAGUAAACAGUAUGAGGAGGAGUAUAGUCUAGAUGGGUAUCUGCAAUCACUGAGCGACAAGACUUAGUGCUGCUUGUCUCCACACGUCACUCCUAUCCUGCAGAUCAGCAUUGGCAUGACUGGAGACUGGACGUCAGGCUGCAGGUGAUAUUCACUUGGUCAGUUUGCUGCGGCUAUCAGUUACAGCCACCCGAGUCCUUUUUUAUCCUUUCAGACAAUGGCGUUAUCAGCGCUGUCUCACAUGCUACCCAUGCGCUGUCUCACAUGCUACCCAUGCGCUGUCGUGCAUAUACCAGUCUGUGUAGUCGCUUUGUUUUUGUCAGCUGGAUUUCCUGCUGUGUACAUGGCCAAUGCGCGGGGACGUACUGCAUGCAUGCCCAAUGCGCGAUUAUGUACUGCAUGCAGUGCGCGAGGACGUACUGCAUGCAUGCCCAAUGCGCGAGGAUGUACUGCAUGCAGUGCGCGAGGAUGUACUGCAUGCAGUGCGCGAGGACGUACUGCAUGCAUGCCCAAUUCGCGAGGAUGUACUGCAUGCACAGUCUGCCUGCACAUGUGCUGCAUGCACAGUCUGUCUGUCAACGCAUGUGCUGCGUUAGCUGAGGAUGUACUGUAUGCACAGUCCGCUAGGACAUGUUCAGCAAGAGUUGCUGCUACUGAUGAGUUUGUACUUACCUUUGUGGAGCUGUGCUGCAAUAGCACAGUGUUGACUGUUAAAUACAUCAUGCUCGUCUGUUUGAGCCACGGUUCUCUGCAGUGUGCCCACUGACACCAGCUGGGAGCUUCCUCUCUUCAGAAAGGGCCAAUUUCCCGUACUAUGCCCUCUCUUCAGAACUACAUUGAUAUCAAGCCCUGGGAGCUUGUAUUUUUAUGUGCGUAUUCUGGCAGUUUUGACCUGUGUUUUUUAUCUAUGUGCGUGUCUUCUAUUAAUUCUGACAUGUUUUUGGAAGUCAUCUGGAUAAGUAGGGUUAACAGGUAUUUUGAUUAGUUUUGCACCAGGUCGUGCCACCUUUUCGAGCAUUAUCCGCCAAUGUCUAGUA